ACGACCAGUGGGCAUGAUGUCUGCUAGCCUGACAGCUAUUCGAACGCUCAGUGUCUCUUUAGUUAGUUUAUACUUUAUAUCAGAGAUUUGACAAAGUAAAGAAAAAGGAAACAUGGUUGCCAUAAACCCAACGGCGCACAAAUUCCUUAGUUACGCUCCAUUUAUACUAGUUUUGAUUGAUCUUCGAUAUGAAGGAGUCAAUGGUGGGAAGGAUGGUGGUGUUGAGAAUCAUCUGGAGAUGGGGAAGAAGCUUCUGGCUGCAGGGCAGCUGGCUGAUGCUCUCUCCCACUUCCACGCUGCUGUUGACGGAGACCCCAAAAAUUACAUGGCCUACUAUAGAAGAGCAACUGUGUACCUAGCCAUGGGGAAAUCAAAAUCUGCACUUCCAGACCUCAGCAAAGUGAUCGAACUAAAACCAGACUUCACAUCGGCGAGGCUUCAGAGAGGAAACCUUCUGCUGAAACACGGCAAACUUGAUGAAGCAGAAAGUGAUUUCAAAAAAGUGCUCAAAUCAAACCCAAGCAGCAGGGAAGAGCAGGAAGCUCAGAGUCAGCUGAAGAAAUCUGAUGAAAUUCAAAGGCUGGUGGCUCAAGCUCGUAGCGAUUUCAACCGGAAUGAGUUCGGCUCUGCAGCCUCGCAUCUUGACAUCAUCAUCGAUACAUGCACCUGGGAUGCAGACUCCAGAGAGAUGCGUGCCGAGUGUUUCAUUCAGUUGGGUGAAAUGGGCAAAGCCGUCAGUGACCUCAAAGCUGCUUCAAAACUGAAAAGUGACAACACUCAGGCUUUCUACAAGCUAAGCACCAUCUAUUACAACCUGGGAGACCAUGAGAUGUCCCUAAAUGAAGUGAGAGAGUGUCUAAAGCUGGACCCUGACCAUAAGCAAUGUUUCGGACAUUAUAAGCAAGUUAAAAAACUCAACAAGCAGAUCCAGACUGCAGAGGAACUGAUCCAGCAACAGAAGUACAGUGAUGCAGUUAGUAAAUAUGAAUCCGUUAUGAAGACUGAACCAAAUGUUCCUCAGUUCAUCCUUAACGCCAAAGAGCGCAUAUGCCACUGUCUCUCUAAGGACCAGCAAACCGCUGAAGCCAUCUCAAUAUGCAGUGAAGUUCUGAGCUUGGAUCCUCAAAAUGUAAACGCUUUGAAAGACAGAGCAGAGGCUUAUCUGCAGGAUGACCAAUAUGAAGAAGCCAUUAAGGACUUUGAGAGCGCUAAAGAACACAGCGAGAAUGAUCAUCAGAUCAAAGAGGGCCUGGAGAGAGCGCAGCGACUUUUAAAACAGUCACAGAAGAGAGAUUACUACAAAAUUCUGGGCGUUAAAAGGACGGCACAAAAGAAGGAGAUCUUGAAGGCGUACAGGAAGUUGGCACAGCAGUGGCAUCCAGACAACUUUCAGAAUACAGAAGAAAAGAAGAAAGCAGAAAAGAAGUUUAUAGACAUCGCUCAAGCCAAAGAAGUGCUGACUAAUCCAGAGAUGAGGAGUAAGUUUGAUCAAGGUGAGGACCCUAUGGAUCCAGAGAGUCAGCAGGGAGGAGGCCAUCACCACCACUUCCACGGAGGCUGGGAUAACUUCCAUGGAUUCAACCCUUUCGGUUCUGGACCUUUUAAUUUCAAAUUCAAUUAUAACUAAAAGGCUCAGCUGAUUGGACAUUUGACCUGACCUGGAUGUGUGCUGAAGUCAGCCAAUUGGAACAGAGACCCUUUGACCCCGUCCACAAGCUCAGUUCAGAUAUAAAUGGGCCUGAAAAUGACCAUGUGAUGCUGUUCAGUGGUGAAGUGAUCUAACUUACUGUCAGUCUCAGAGCUCUUCUUCUUUCAGGGAUCUUAUAUUUGAGAGCGUAGAUGCUUGACGAUUGCAAAGCAUCACACAUUGACCUUUAUUCUCGAGAAUAAUAUGUACAUAGAAAACGACUCUAUUUUUCUAUCAAUCAAUGCUGUAAAUAGUGAAAUAAAGAGUUGUGAAUGCUUAUUUAAAUGAA